GAUGCACUGAAUAUGGUCGGUAGCUUUUACUUACAGUAGAGUUAUAAAACAAAAUUUUUAACCGGGGUGGGUGGGUUAUAUAUAAUUGUUUUAAACAGAGCAGCCAACUGUCCUGCAUUGUAAUGAGCAAUGUUAAACGAAAAAUAAAAACUGAGAGGCGAGGAAACCUACCAAAAAAGAUUAGUGUCCAGAAAGAAAGAAAUGGCAGAAUUCUGGCUAAUUUCUGCACCUGUUGACAAAUCAAAUCAGCAGCUGUGGGAGAGAAUGAACACUGUCACCACUAAAGCCAACCUCUCCAGUAAUUUCAAAUUCACAAUUCCUGAUCUUAAGGUGGGCACGCUAGAUGCGCUAGUAAGCCUCUCAGAUGAGCUGGGGAAACUGGAUACCUUUGCUGAGAGUGUUCUAAAGAAAAUUGCACACUCCGUGUCUGAUAUGAUGGAGGAUUCCGAAGACAAAGUUCAGGAAAACCUGCUAGCCAAUGGAGUUGACCUGGUCACCUACUUGACCCGGUUCCAGUGGGACAUGGCAAAAUACCCAACACAGCAAUCACUGCAGACCCUUUCAGAAGUAAUGUCAAAGCAAAUCACCCAGAUUGACACAGACUUGAAAGCCCGUUCUGUGGCAUACAGCAACAUCAAGGCCAGCCUGCAGGGCCUGGAAAGAAAAGCGAUGGGGAACCUUUUAACUCGAACACUAACAGACAUUGUGAAUAAGAAUGACUUUGUGCUGGAUUCAGAAUAUCUUACCACCCUUCUAGUUGUUGUUCCAAAGGCAAAUUACGUCACUUGGCAAAAAACGUACGAAUCUCUGUCAGAUUUAGUGGUACCUCGGUCAACAAAAAAAAUAAUGGAGGAUUCAGAAGGAGGGCUUUUCACUGUGACUUUGUUCAAGAAAGCAGUUGAUGAAUUCAAAGCGAAAGCAAGAGACAAGAAGUUCGCGGUGCGUGAAUUUAACUUCAAUGAGAAGGAGCUCCAGUCUGAGAAAGAGGAAAUGACACGACUGGCUGCAGACAAGAAGCAGCAGUAUGGUCCUCUUCUGCGAUGGCUGAAGGUGAACUUCAGUGAAGCAUUCAUUGCUUGGAUCCAUGUAAAGGCCUUGAGAGUUUUUGUGGAAUCAGUACUGAGAUAUGGUCUCCCAGUAAACUUUCAAACGGUGCUGCUGCAGCCUAACAAGAAGAGCGUGAAACGCCUGCGGGACGUCCUGAACGCACUCUACAAACAUUUAGAUGGUGUUGCAGCAGCAAGUGUGGUGGACGCUGUUGUGGAUAUCCCAGGAUUGAGUGUUGGGAACCAGGAUUACUACUCCUAUGUCUACUUCAAGAUAGAUCUGAAUCUGAUAGACCAAAAAUAGACAACGAUGCCAAGGUGUAAGGUCACGAGUUGACUUUUGAGAAGAGAUUCAGGAUCUCGCUGCUUAAUAAACCAAAGAGUAUAGCAUAUCACCCUAUUUAACCUGUUUGUCAAAGCUUUUAACAAAUGCUGUAACUAAUCAUGAUUGCAAAUGUGUCAGCAUGCUUAGCAUACGUGUUUAAUAGGCAUGCAGCAGAUAAUUAAGCCUCAUGUUUAACUGCAAUGAACACAUAAUAUAUUUGGACAAAGCCAAGACAGGCCCGUCUUCCAUUCACGUGUAUUGAUAAAUCUGUUUUGUGGUUGUUGACUAUAAGCCGCCACUAUGUUUUUUUAUUAUUAUAACAAUGCAACUGGUUUUAAAAUAUAGCUCCAUAAUCUCGCUCUAUAUUUCCACUGUGCAAAAAUAUUCACAGAGAUGUAUGCCCCCCUCCUUUAGGACAGUAUAUUAAAUGUCUUCAUUAGUAUCAGAAUAUAAAAUUGAGUUAUGUAUUGUGGACCUUUUGUCAUCCGUUCUGAAAUGUAUUGCAUCUCUAAGCUAAGAUUCGCAGGGGUUUGAAGUUCCAGGGCUAUGCCUCAUGUACUGCAAGUCUUUUGACACUCAGUCUGCAGAGACUUCAAAUCAGAAAGUGCAGGUUUAAAGAAUUAAAUAAUCCACAGUAAUGAAACUGGCCAAAAAUAUACUGGAUCAGGUUCUUACCCCCCCCCCCCCCCCCCGUGGUUUAAGUUUUUAUUUGAUAUAUUGUAAAGAUAUUAACAUGUACAGCAUUAUAAAAUGAACUGUAGAUUUAAAAAUGUAUAAUUUAAAUAAUCAGUCAAUAAUCAAUCAUUUAGAGGUGUACCAUCCUCAAAUCAGCCUAGUGAUCCAGUCCAAAAAAUAAACACCUUAAAAUAAUAUAUAUAAUAUAAAAAAAAAUAUUUUAAUGUGUCCCCCCCCCCAGUGUCAUUACUUGUUAAGCCACAAGUAGUGAUGUGCAAUAAAUGAGUUCUUUAGUAGCCGCAAAACAGAACAUUCCAGCCUAGAUUUGUAUAGGGAGCUGUGCUCCCUAGACUGGCAGAGUGUUAGUCAGCCUUGCCAAGACUGUUUACAGAACCAAGCCUUUAAAAAAAAAAAA